AAAUAAAACUAAAUUGCCGUGACGAAAAAUUCUAUAUAACAAAAAAUAUAAAGAGUACGAACUCUAAUAUUAUAUUAAUAGAAUACUUAAAUAUCUAAGGAAGUACGGCACUUCAAAAUGGACACCAAAUUGGAUAUGUUCGAUGAUAACAUUUCGGCAUCUUCCCAAUUGGAAGGUGAUAUGUCCAUACCAGGCGCACGGAAAAACACCACACAAAUAGGCGCUCCUGAUUUCAAUACGUUAGAUGAACCCAUUAAAGAGACUUUCCUCCGCGAUGUACGCGCAGUUGGUGUUAAAUUCUAUCAUGUACUCUAUCCAAAGGAGAAAUCAAGUCUGCUGCGUGAUUGGGAUCUCUGGGGCCCGCUAGUGCUAUGCACAUUCUUGGCUACUGUAUUGCAAGGUUCCUCGGGUGAGGUGAAUGACGGUGGUCCAGAGUUUGCGCAGGUAUUCGUAAUUGUGUGGAUUGGAGCGGCAAUAGUGACGCUGAAUUCGAAAUUGCUUGGCGGCAAUAUCUCCUUUUUCCAAUCCGUCUGUGUAUUAGGCUAUUGUCUUACGCCUGUGGCGAUAGCUUUGAUUGUGUGCCGUGUUAUUUUAUUAAGUACACAAACUAAACUCACCUUCUUCUUGCGUCUACUAACCACGAUGUUAGGUUUCAUCUGGGCCACAUAUGCCUCAUUUAUAUUUCUUGGCGAAAGUCAACCACCAAAUCGUAAACCUCUUGCCGUAUAUCCAAUAUUUCUAUUCUUUUUCGUCAUUUCCUGGUUGGUUAUAUCGCAUAACUAAGUAAAUAGUUUAUUUGUAUAUGUAUGUGUAGUUUACUUAGUAUUUACGUUUAUUAAUCUUUUAAAAUCAAUUCCAAGGUGUAACACCAACAUGAUUUUUACAUAUAGUAUAAUAACGUCUAAGCGCAUAAGAUACUAAAAUAAAUAAACAAAAAAAAGGUACUUAAAAAU